AUGGAGCUCUCCGUCGACGUUCACUCGACUGACGUCUUCCUCUUCCCCUCGAAAAGGCAGCGUCACCAGUCGUCGUCGGAAGCCUCGUCGUCAGCGCCGCCAGUCGCAUCCUCAUCAACGCUGAGGCUGUUCCCAUCCUCGACCUCAUCGAGCGUCUGCUCUUCGCCGUGUUACGAUGGUGAGGCUCCAGCAUACAGCGAGGUCGAGGACAUGACUGCAUUCACCUCGGCCAAGCUAUCCAACGACGAAAAUGCGAUCGUCUAUGCGUACGUGGAUAUCAAAUUCCCAUCAUCCACGUCCUAUUCCUCCUCGUCUUCGUUCGGCAUCCGCAAUCGUCUCAAAAGCCUCACACUGACCCUUACGGGUCACGAAAGCAUUUCAUUUCCGCGCGGAGGCAUCGAGGCGAGUCGAACAUACUUCAAUGAAAAGUCGAUCGACGAGGCACUCGAAAUCGACUACUUUGAACCUGGCAAGACGUACAGGUUCGAAAGAACCUUUUUUGUCGACCACAACUCGGCCCCCUUUCAGCGAAGCAGUUGGGGGGUCAACAACCAGAAGCUUGUCGCUAAGGCGACAUUCCACGGAUUGCUGUCCAAGUCACUGUCGGCGACCAAGAAGGUCUACUUUGUCGACUGUCAAAACGAUGAAGGCAACGAAAUGAUUGUUUGGGACAAGGAUGUGCGAACGCAUGCCGACGGUAUCGGCCCGUUUAGCUUACGCAACCGAUCCGAAGUGUUCACCGUCGGCGGCUACUUGCGCACCAAUUUUGAUCUGCUCAGCCCACUCGACGGCGUUACUAUCGUUGGAUUCCGAGCCUCGGUCGAGAUGCGUACAACUUUGGCAUCGCGGCGCGAGAGGCCGGGUUACACGGAAACGGUCACUCCGAAAAAGGUGCCCUUCCUCUCACUUGAUCGAGGGCAGUUGGACGAGCUUUUCGCCACCAAGAAGCUGCAAGGUGGUGGCGAAGGUAUUUCUCCAGAAGGCGACUGCUACCCCUCGUUCGAAGUUGUCUCUCGUCUUCCAGACGACAACAAGAUCCGACCUAGCACGGUCGAAGGCAACGACGCAGCCAUUCGCUUCCGCAACUACAUUCAAUACGAGAUUGACUUUAUCGAUGGAGAGUACCGCCAGGCUGGAUUGAAGGAUGCUCAGAACGACGAACUGAUCUAUAUUGACGGUCAAAAAAUGAAGCGAUUCCACGUUUCCAUUCCUGUCUUCCUCAACUCGUGCGGGUGCCGACCUGAUUCGCUCAACUUGCCGACUUAUGCAUGCGAAGAUCCCAUGCCAGCCGCAUGCAUCCGGGAGAAGAGUGCAGAGCUGCAAUCGGUGCUGCAUGACAAGCAGACCGAUCCAUCGGCGUUUCCCUGCAUCUGCACUUUCACCAUCGACUCUUUGCUCGAGGUCGAAAAAAAAUCCCACGCCGGGAGCCCAGCUAGCGGCUCACGAGACCUGGCUCCUACAGAGGAACUAGAUCCUUUGCCAAGGUACAAGUCGCUCGAGUGA